UUUCUCCGAAACAAGGGUCAACACAAUUUGGAUCUCCUCCAAAUCUGUUGCUAAGAUUCAGCUCCUCAAAACUUUGAGCAUGGAUCCCACCGAAGAAAACGCACUCAAGAGCUCGCACAGGGUCCAACCAACUGCCGGUUUACUGGGACUCAAGGCAAACACUGCCAUGGUAACCACCAAACUCAGUGAUACGAUGAAACACUGUUGCAGAUACACAUGCUCACAUACAGAAAGAAGAACUGAAGAAAGAAAAACAUUUAUGAGGUGAUUACAAAAGGCGGGAAGGUUUUUAAAAAAAAUGCCGACCUCCAAAGUGUUGGCGGCGUCCAGCACUCUGCAAAGUUUGUCCCCGAAAAUGCCAGAGGGGUUCAAGAGCAAAGUGGUAGCACCUCGAAACCCCAAACUCGUCAAACACGAAGACCGACCCUUCAGACUGACUCCGUCCGCGUUUGCCCAGGAGAUGAGCCUGUCCACAGAGCAGCGACUGGCCAGCACGCACCAGAUGUGUCCCCCUCGCAUCCUGGAGCUCUUGGACAUGAGCGAGACCACUCACCAGAAGUCCUCCUCGGUGGACGUGGACCAGCCCAUGUUCCAGCCCUUCCCCUCGGAGGUGGUCUUCCAGAACUGCUCCCCCUCGGAGACUUACCAGGUCCCGCUGGUGCUCCGGAACAAUGACAAGAUUCCUCGCCUGGUGAAGGUGGUGGAGGAAGGCUCUCUUUACUUCAAAGUGGUCAGCCCCCUGGACGUGUGCAACAAGGUGGCCCCAGGCAUGGCCUCCACCUUCACCAUCCUCUUCACUCCACAGGAAAACAAGGACUACGCCCACCGGCUGGUCUGUGUGACGGAGAGGGAGAAGUUCGAGGUGCCCGUGCGGGCGAUCGGCGCCCGCGCCAUCCUGGACUUCCCCGACCACCUGCACUUCCCGCUGAACGCCGUCAAGUGCCCCGCCCAGAAGACCCUCCUGGUGCGCAACAUCGGGGCCUGCGAGGCCAAGUUCCAGCUCCGCACGCAGAGCCCCUUCUCUGUGGAACCUUCCAUCGGUAACCUGGGGGUCGGAGAGUGCAUGCAGGUGACUGUGGAGUUCCUGCCCAAAACUACUGGGGACCACGCACAGGACCUGCUCCUACGCUACCAUACAGGCGAAGACGUCUACAUCAGCCUGUACGGAGGCGCCACCGACGUCAACGUGCGGCUGGACAGGAACUCCGUCAUCGUGGAGCGGACCUUCGUCUCCCUGGCCAACCAGCGCACGGUCGCCAUAGUGAACCGGAGCGAUGUCAUCAUCCACUACCAGUGGAAGAGCCAGGCCACUGAGGAAGAGGAGGCCCAGCAGAAACUGAGGUUGUGCUCGGAGCUGCAGAAGGAGGAGGAGGAUGAGAUGGACCAGUUCCUGUCGGAGUGCGGGGCGGACCCCACCCUGCGGGACCGCCUCUCCCUGCUGUCCCGCACCUUCCAGGAGCGCCGCCGCCAGCUGCGGGACGCCACGCCCCCCUUCUGGGACGAGCACAUCGCCCUCGAGCCCCUGGAGGGGGACAUUUGGCCCAACGGCACAGCUGAGGUGAACAUAAUCUUCAAACCGAGUCAAGCCAGGACGUACCAUCUGACUGUGUACUGUGACAUCACAGGGCGAGAGUCUCGCCUGCCCUUGCGCAUUAAAGGAGAGGGGAUUGGCCCCAAGCUGCAGUUUAACUUCCGCCUGCUGGACAUGGGGAACAUCUUCAUCGGCUCCAGGCACUCCUAUGAGGUGCUCCUGUCCAAUAAGGGCCUGAUCGACGCCCCGUUUCGGCUGGUGCCCCCCGGCUCAACCCUGGGGUGCUGCUUCAGUUUCAGCCCCAGCGAGGGGACGGUCCCCCCCGGGGCCUGCCACGCCAUGGAGGUCACCUUCUGCUCCCACACCCUGGCCGUCUUCACCGAGGAGUUCCUCUUCUCUGUGGAGGGAAACCCCCAGCCUGUCCCGCUCCUCUUCAGCGGGCGCGUGAUGGGACCCACGUUCCACUUCAGCGUUCCCCGGCUGGACUUCGGCGACGUGGCCUUUGGAUUCCCCCAGACGCUCACCUGCUGCCUGAACAACACCUCUCUGGUGCCCCUGACCUUCGGCCUGCGUAUCCUGGGCGACGGUUUUGGGGCCCCCAGCGUAGCCAGCGUGGACCAGGUGUCGGACCUGAACCGGAGGGAGUGGGGUACGGGCGGAGCGCUCGCUGAUCGCCCCGUCGAGUUCAGCGUCGCCCCCAGCUCCGGGACGCUGCGCCCUCAGGGGGUCCUCGACGUCAAGGUGACUCUGUGCUCCAACACUGUGCGCUUGUACAGUCUGGCCCUGGUGGUGGAUGUUCGGGGCGUUGGAGAGGAGGUGCUGGCCCUCCCCGUCACUGCGAGGUGUGUGGUGCCGUCUGUGCGGCUCGACCCCCCAGCGCUGGAGUUUGAGAGGUGCUUUCUGGGACACCCCUACUACCGGUCUGUGAAGCUGACCAAUGAGAGCGACCUGCCCGCCUGCUACGGCCUCCUGUCCCAGGAGUACGAGGAGAGCCCCUCCGUGCUGUACUCCAGUCCCCACCCCCGGGGAAUCCUGCCGCCCCUCAGCUCUGUGGAGCUUCCCCUGGUGCUGCAGGCCAAGGCUGUGCGCCACCUGCAGGUCACGGCUCGCAUUGCACUGUUCGGCAGCCAGGAGCCUCCACUGGACCUGCUCCUGUCCUGCACCGGAGAGGGCCCCGUGGUCCACGUCAGCGCCCCGGAGGUGGAUUUCGGCGCCGUCCCGGUCCUGACGGACGUCUCCCGGACGCUGCGGCUGUCCAACCAGUCCCCCGUCCCGGCCCGCUUCCAGGCGCAAAUGGUGCGCAGUAGGUCCCUCUGGCGGGUGGAGCCCAGCGAGGGGGAGGUCCCUCCAGAGGGGGAGGCGGAGCUGAGGCUGGUGGCGCACCUGGACGACACGCUGCGCUUCCAGGACAAGCUCAGCCUGGCCGUCCUGGACAGCCGGACCCACACCGUCCCCGUGAGCGCCACCGGCAAGGGAACCACCAUCGUCUCAGACCGGCCCUUCGCACCCAGCCUGGACCUGGGGGCCCACUUCAGCUCCGGCCCCUGCCAGUACCACUUCAGGCUGACCAAUCGCGGCCGCCGCUCCCACCAGCUCUACUGGAUGACGGAGGGCUUCCCUCAGUUCCGUCGCCGGGGCAACCCGGCGUCCCACGGCAACGGGGCGCGGGAGGGCAGGCGCCGCGACCCUCUGCUGACCCCCCCGGCUCCCCCGGAGGAGGGGCCCGUCUUCAGCCUCCGCCCCCUGCGCGUGGAGCUGCCCCCGGGCCGCUCCGUGGACAUGGUGCUGGAGGGGUCCUCCGGCACCCCGAGGGUGGUGCAGGAGCGGCUGGUGUGUCAGGCCAUAGUGGGGCAGCAGAGCGGGAAGGACAGGAUCAUGACGGUGGACGUCCGCUGCCAGUUCGUGUCUCCCGUCCUGGACCUGUCCCCUAGGGAGCUCAGCUUCUACGUGGAGAAGGCCCCCGGCUCCUUCCUGGUCCCUCUCUUCCAGCCCCUGGUCCUGCGGAACGUGUCCUCCCUCCCCCUGUCCAUGGACCUGGGCCUGGUCCAGCCCUUCGGUCUGUGUGAGCGCCAGGGCGACGACGCGAUCGUCACCUCAAAGUCCCUGGUCCUGCCCGUGGGAGCGAAGGCGGAGCUCUGGGUGCGCUUCGACCCCCGUUUCCGGCGGGACAGCGUGACCCGGGUGGCGGAGGAGGUCCUGGAGGUGCGGUACCGGGACCACCCGCAGCGGGACGCGGUGGGACUGAGGGGGGAGGUGCAUUUUCCCAACCUGCGCUUCUCCAGCGAGCGGCUGGACUUCGGCUGCGUGCUGAACCACACCGAGAGCCAGCGGCAGCUCACCAUGACCAACUGCAGCCCGCUGCCCGUCACCUACCGCUGGGCCUUCCUGGUGGACCAGGACCGCUACACCAUCAGGUUUCCCAGGGAGACGGCCCAGGAGGGGCGUGGCCAAAGGACAGAGGGGAAGGGGAACGUGCGGUGGGACCCGCCCGAAAAGAAACACGCGGACUUCAACCUCGACUCCAGCAGGGAAGUGGAAGCCCCCACGCUGCACUUGGAGGAUGAGAUGGAGGAGGGGGGCGAGAAGAACCCCGAAAAUGAGAUCAGGGGAGGGCGGGGCUCCCCAAUGGACACGCCCCCUCCUCGCAGCAGCCCUGUUCUUACCAAGGAGGGCAUGUCUGGGGGUGACCCACAGGACCCCGCCCACCGAACUUCACCGGGCCAGCCGCCCCAGAGUUCCGAGGGGAACCAUGAAGCCCAGAGUCCCAGUGCCGAAGACCAGCCCAGUGUCGGAGUGGAACAGGUGUUCGACAUCCUGCCGAUCCACGGGGUCCUGCUCCCGGGCGAGAGCCAGCAGGUGUCCUUCACCUUCUACGGCCACGCCCACAUCAGCGGCCAGGCGCUGGCCCUGUGCCAGGUGGAGGGCGGGCCCACCUAUGAGAUCGCCCUGCAGGGGGAGUCCUCGCUGGCCAGCUACAGCCUGGACACCACGGAGAUCGACCUGGGCCUGCAGUUGUUUGACCGUGUGGCAGAGGCGGAGGUCACCCUGUGGAACACGGGGAAGGUGGGGUUGGAGUUCAGCGCCCUGCUGGGGGAGCCAGAUCUGCCCCCCGAGGAUCUGCUGCCCGGGGUGCCCCUGGUCGUCCCCCGCACGGGCCACAUACAGGCCAAUGCGGAGCAGAAACUGACGGUGUACUACCUGCCGGGGGUCCCCGAGGUCUUCCACGCGACCUUUGACCUCCAGGUGUCCUUCUUCGAGGUGGAGACCGUCGCCCUGAGAGGAGAGGGGAUCUUCCCGCGCGUCUGCCUGGACCUCCCCAGAGACCUGGAGGAGGAGAGGUAUGGCUCCGUGCUGAAGGAGGCCAGGGAGGCGCUGGAGAGGGAGCGGCAGAGGGAGGAGAUGCUCAGCCGGCCCCAAACCGGAGGGGUGACCCUGUCCGUGGACGACUACGUCCCCACCUACGAUGCCCUGCUGCAGAUGGAGGUGGAGAGGCUGCUGGUGAAGGAGAACGCUGUACUCCUCCUGGAGGAGGCAGAGGAGGAGAGCAGGGACACUCCUGGGUCCGGCAGCAGGUGGCGCAAGAGGCUCAGCAGGUUCGUGCUGCCCGAGUACGCGCUGGACUUCGGCUGCGUUAUCCACGGCGACGUGGCCACCCACAUCGUCAAGGCGACCAACACCGGCCCCGCCUCCGUGUCCUUCCGCGCUGACCGCCGCCUGCUGGCCAGCUCAGGGUUCAGCACAGAGCUGGACAGAGUGAAGAACUUGCCCUAUUGCGAGACGGAGACCUUUGAGGUGAAGUUCGACCCGCGUGGAGCUAACCUGGACCUGGGGGAGGUGGACGCCAUCAUGCCCAUCCAGGUGGUGGGCGGGCCUUGGGUGCAGGUGCGCCUGCGGGCGGUGGUGACCGCGCCGUCGCUCACCGUCUCCCGGGAGACGCUGCACUUCGGCACCAUCCAGUGCGGCCAGUGUCAGGUGAUCACCGUCCAGCUGUCCAAUCAGGAGCCGGUCCCCUGCGAGUGGAGUGUGGCCGAGGAGGAGGCGCCCAAAAAGAAGAUGGACAGGCACGUCCCCCUCCACCUGAGACGGAAGGCCCGGCAGGAGCCGAGGCCCCCCCCGGCGGCGUUCCAGAUGCUGCCCUCCGCCGGGCUGCUGUUGCCUGGCGACAGGGUCAACGUGCAGGUCAAAUUCAGCCCUGCGGAAGGGCAGAACCAGGUCAUCUGCAUAGAGAAGGAAUUUGAUUUCUUUAUCAUCAAGGGUAAGACGGCGACGGCAGUUGCCCUGGCGAAGCACUACGGCGCAGCGUGUCUGAGCGUGGACUCGGUGGUGCUGGAGGCCGUGUCCACCGGGGGCAGCAGGGCGGGGCUGCAGGCCAGAGAGCUGUGCGCCAGGGCAGCCCAGGAGCACGCUCAGAAGAGAGCGGAGGAGACCGGGGAGGGGGUGGCUGCUGCAGUGCAGGGUGCUGGGGUCCUCAGUGUGGAGGCUCUGGCCAAACACACAGCGGAGGGCAGCCAGGGGAGCGAGCCUAAGGCCGGCCCCGCCUCCCUCUCCACCCGCAACAAGACCAGCGUCGCCGCGGGAAAGAAGACUGAGGGCUCUCAACCAACCAGCACCUCUCAGCCUGCGGACAGCGUGGCCCUGGGGGCGCCGGUGGCUCAGGUUCACAGGCGGCUGAGUGUGAGCGGCAGUCUGGCUGAAGACCAGGAGCUCAUGACCUGCCUGCUGCCCGACGACCUGCUGGUGGACAUCCUCUCAGAGAGGCUACAGCUUAGCGACUGUCACCGGGGCGUGGUGAUUGACGGCCUGGAGACGCCGUACUGUCGCUCGCUGGCCGACGCCCUGCAGUCCGUCCUGAAGGCGCUAAGCAACAGGCCCUUAAUCUACAUGGUCAACCUGUCCCACAGCUACCAGGCCCUGAGGGCCACGGAGAGGGCCCACAGAGAGGCUGCAGAGCGGGAGCAGCGGGAGAGCAUGGAGAGGGAGAAACUGCGUCUGAAGGAGAUGGACGAGGAGGAGUACGACGCCCUGCCGGAGGAGGAGAAGGAGCGGGUGGACCUGCAGCACCUGGAGGAGCUGAGACAGAGGAGGCGCAGGGAGCAGGAGCGGAUGCAGCGUGAGCAGGAGGAGAGGAGGCAGCAGGAGGAGCAGGAGCGGCUGAGGGAGGAGGAGGAGCAGAGGAAGAGGAGCAAGAAAGGGAAGAAGGAGCAGCCCAAAGAGGAAGUGUCUGGGAAGAAGAGUCAGCUGGACAGGAAGCAGUCUUCUGUGAGUCUGCGCUGCGAAAGCAAGCUGGAGCCGCCGCUCAAGGACGGGGCGAAGCCGUCCACAGAGGGCGCCAGAGAGCCGGAGGACGCAGGCAGGAAGGGGAGGUCCAGGGAGGGGCAGGCGGGGUCUCCGCUGCCCAGUGAGGAUCCGGAGAGAGAGCAGAUGACCGAGGCCGACCGGCAGCUGCUCGCUCGGUUUCAGCAGUACGAGCAGAGCCAGGACCUGCUCAGCCACACCCUGCAGUACUGGGACCGUGCCAAGGCCCGCCUCUUCAUGGCUCCGCCCACCGAGGGCCCGCCCCCUGACCCGCAGGACUCCGCCCCCGAGCGCCACGCCCCCUCUGGCAAGAAGGGCAGGAAGGAGCGCGAGAGGGAGAGGGAGAAGGAGAGAGAGAAGGAGAGGGUGGAGAGGGAGAGGCUGAAGGCGGAGCUGGCCCCGCCCUCCCCGGCGUCCGCUCCGGCCCUCCUAUUGGGCGAGGCGUUGGAGGGGGCGGAGACAGAAGCCCCGCCCGAGGGCGUGCCCCAAAUCCUCCUGCCUGUCAGCGGGAGGGACCAUCCCAGCGGCGCCGAAAUCCUGGGGAGCGGGAAGCUGCCCCCCCUGGAAGAGGUGCUGGACGGCCUGGGACAGGGACCGAAAGGCCCCCCCGUCCCCCCGCCCGUCAUCUACUCCGUGGUGCCGUACCCGGAGCAGCGAGCCCCGCCCAGUGCCCAGGAGGGCUCCGCCCACUUCACCUUCCUGGCCCCGCCUGUGCCGGAGGACCCUGCCGAGGACCGGAAGGAGGCGGAGCUUGAGCCCGAUAUACUAAGCUCCGCCUCCCUGGCAAAGGAGGACUCAGUGACGCCCUCCAGAGGCCGGGGGAAGAAGGGCGAGAGCGGGAGGGAGAGCCAGAGGGAGAGGAGACGCACGACAGGAAAGAGGAGCACGAGGAGCACGGAGUCCCGAUCCCCCACGCUGAGCACGGUCACGCCCCUGUCCGACACCGAGCAGAGCAGCCGAACCGCAGAGUCCCAGCAGGAGCAGAACCAGCGUUUGACCUCUUUCCGGUGGAUCGUCCCGCCCAAAGGGGAGGUGACUCUGAAGAUGGGCUUCCACUCCUCCGUGCCGGGCAGGUUUGAGCAGACGCUGAACUUUGAGCUGACGGGCACCAGGAGGCGCUAUCAGCUGCACUGCAGGGGGGACUGUGCCUUCCCCGCCGUCAAUCAGGACUACAAGGUUGUGUUUGCUCAGAGUAAGAAGGCCCUGCAGUCUGAUGACUGCCUCCAUAAGACCUAUGUCGUCCAGUCCGGGGUGUACGAAUUUGGCCCCCUGCUCUGCAGGAAGUCCCGGGACAGGUACAAGGAGGGCACGUACCCAGAGAACAUGGAGAAGUUCGUCAUGCACAACUGCUCCCAGCUGGACGCCGAGGUCCACUUCUGCUUCCAGCACGACACCAAAGCCACCACCUUCCUGCUAGACCCGCCCGCUAUGACCCUCAAACCCAAUGAGAAACAGGAACUGAAGGUUUGGGCGUACCCCACGGCCCCCGGGCUGUUUGAGGACCGCGUGGUGUGCUGUGUGAAGGACAAUCCCGACCCCGCCCUGCUCCCGCUGUCCUGCAGGGGGGUGCGUCUGGAGCUGGAGCUGGACCGCAAGCUUGUGCACUUCGACAAGGUCCUGCUGGGCAGGCGUGACACUAAGAGCCUGAUCCUGCGCAAUGCCACGCCCCUGCCCGCCGCCUGGCGGCUGGUUGGCCUGGACAAGCUGGGGGAGGAGUUCAGCGUGGCGCAGGACCGCGGGGUCGUCCCGCCCCUCUCUGAGUUCUGCCUGCAGGUGCACUUCAGGUCCCUGAAGGCCGUCAACCUGAAAAGGGCCCUCGGCCUGGAGGUCUCGGACGUGGAGGGCAUUCUGGGCCUGGUCCAGACGGAGAACCUGCAGAUUUUGGCGGAGGCGUACGACGUGGCUCUGGACAUCUCCUUCCCCAAAGGUGCUGACGGAGGUCUGGACUUUGGGACCAUUAAAGUGUCAGAUGAAGCGAAGCUGUCUGUGAAUCUGAAGAAUAAAGGCAAAUACGAGAUUGCCUUCAUGUUUGUACUGAAGUCCACAGACCCCAGCCUGCCGGACCUGAGCUCCAUGUUCACCAUCACGCCCCAGAAGGGGUCCCUGAACCCCAACGAGCGCCCCACCGCCGUGCAGAUCCUCUUCCGGCACGGCCAGGAGGUGUGCGUCCGAGAGCAGCAGCUCCUGCACUGCCAGGUGAUUGAGCCGAACAUCGCGGAAGGGGGAGAGACCAUCGCCUGCAUCCCCAUAAAGGUGUCGGUCCAGUCCCUGUUCGCCAAAUACAGCAUCCUGCCCUCGACCGACAUCAACUUCGGCCCGCUGGUCUGCGGCAGCCGCAAGGCGCGCACCUUCACCAUCGAGAACAGGGGCCACUUCGAGCUCCGCUUCGUCAUCUCCAGGAUGAGCAAGGACCAGCCGCUGGCCACUCAGAAGAAAGGCGUUGGGACAUUCAAACGAUCUCGGUCCCGUGAGAGCCAGUCCAGCAAGAACAGCAAGGUGCGCCGCCACGACUCCCUCCAGAAGGAGAUGGGCGCGUCCGCACAGGCCCGUGUCACCAUGGGGGUGUUCACGGUGUCCCCCGGGUUUGGGGCCCUGGGCCCCGGGGCCCAGCAGGUGGUGACGGUGGACUGCGUGGCCGACCAGACGGGCCGGUGGGAGGAGUUUCUCGUCCUGGACGUCGCCGACCGCGACCCCGCCGACCACCCGGACGGCGCCCCCUACCGGCUGGUGGCCGAAGUGUGCGUUCCAGAGAUCCUGUGCAAGGAUUUCAGCUCGAUCUUCGAGGAGCACCGGAUCUGCGAGAGCAGCCGCUUGCUGCACUGCGAGCAGUACAGGGAGGCCGCGGGGGUCUACCUGCAGGAGGAGAACAGGUUCAUCUUCAACAACGUGCUGGUGGGCCGGCCCGCAAAAGCUCGCUUCCGCAUCACCAACACGGGCAAGGUGCCCUGCGACCUGAACCUGACCGUCAAGUCUGCCCUCACCAAGACUCAGAUGCGCAGCGGUGACGUGUUCGAGGUGACCCCUGCCAGGAUGAGCAUCCCCAGCCACUCGCACGCCUUCGCUGUGCUCACCUUCUGCCCUCAGGCCAUUCAGUCCUACAGCGCUGUGCUGGAGGCCUCACUGGAGGGUCCGCCCAGCGUGCUGCAGAUGGCGAAGUGUAAGGGGCUGGCGUUUGACGUGGCGGGGGAGGGGAACCUGCCGUGCGUGAGCGUGGUGCGCCCGGCCCUCCGGGGCCAGCAGGGGGCGCCGCUCCUGCAGUUCCCGCGCGUGCUGGCGGGCCGCGCCCACGUCCUGCCGCUGGUGCUGAGGAACGACGGGACCGUGCCGGCGCAGGUUAACAUCCAUCUGCUGGACAAAAUGGGCGUGUUCACCCUGAGGGCCUCCCCGAACACCGUCUGCACCUCCAUGGCCUCUUCCGUCCUGCACGGCGACCCCGGGGCAGACAGACAGGUGGCGCACACGGCCUCCCUGGUGCUCGUCGCGGGCCAGCAGGCGGAGUUCGAGGUGGAGUUCCGGCCCGCUUCUGCGCAGACCUUCGAGUCCACCAUGGACCUGCUGGUGGCGGACAACCAGUACGAAGAAACGGUGGUGCGUCUGGUGGGAGAAGGGUACUGUGACAUCAUCACCUUCGACAACAUCGGCAGCAGACCCCAGCAGGAGCAGGAUUCGGCGGAGGACCUCAGGUCUGACCUGCUGAACUUCGGAGACUGUCACGUGGGCAGCCCCUACCAGCAGACCUUCACCCUGACCAAUCACGGCGGCUCGGAGGCGCUGAGGUUCGAGUGGCCCGCCGACGCCGCGCAGGUCCGCUUCUCCCCGCAGGUGGGCCACCUCCACGCGGGCUGCGCCAAGGAGGUGACGGUGACCUUCUGCUCGGACCAGCCCCUGGCCCUGGAGGCCCGGCCCGUCCGGUGCAGGGUCUGCCGGAUCUCCUUCCCCCGGCCCGUGGACCAGGUGCCCGACUGGGACGACCGGCAGAGAACCGUCAAGUGGGUGGACGCGGGGAAGCAGGGUCCCGCCCAGGCACCGGCCAAGAGGAAGGUGCUGGAGACGGACCCCGAGCCGGAGCACUCUGUGCUGGACGGCUCCUCUCGCGAGCUGGAGCUGCUGAUCAGCGCCGUGUGUGACCACGCCCAGUUCAGCUGCCCGACCGACAGCAUCCGCUUCAGGGACACACUGCUGUACCAGGCCCGAGCUUUCCAGAUCCAAAUGUGUAAUGAGGGGAAGGUGCGGCUGGACUUUUCCUGGCAGGUUCUAAUGGAGAGGUGUGGGAAGAGCGUCAGCUUCGACCGCGGAGAUGAGGUGCAGGCGGGGGCGCGGGGGGGCAGUAGGACAGCUCUGCGCCCUGCCACAGCCGGAGCCCUGGAGAGCCUGUCCUCCCUCCUGCGGGGCGACCCCAGCCUGCCCCCCUUCUCCGUGGAGCCCAGCGGGGGCUCCAUCAGCCCCGGCAGCACCCAGGCCUUCUGCGUCACCUUCUCCCCUCUGGAGGUGGCCGAGUUCGAGGGCCGGCUGGUCUGCAGUAUUCCUAACCUGAAGGAGGAGCCGGGCCCCACCCUGGCGGUGAGUGGGCGGAGCCUGCUGCCCUACUGCCACUUCCAGCUGGAGGACUCGGACUACCUGAGCAGCGGGCGGCGCGACCCCGAAACGCGGGCCCCCCGCGGAGCACCCCCGAAGGGCACGCUGGACCCCAACACCAGGGUCAUCGAGAUCACGUCUGUGGGCGUCGGGACCCCCGUGUCCAGGGUGUUCGGGGUACUGAACCCCACCCGGAAGCCCUACUCCUUCAGCUGGAGGUGUGAGGAUGGCUGCUCCUCCCCCUUCCGCUGCCCCGCCCCCAAAGGCUCCAUUCAGCCGGGGAAGAAGGUGGAGGUCUGUUUUGAGUUCCUGGCGCGGGAGCUGGGCACGGUGGAGUCCUUCUGGACCUUCCUGAUCGCGGAGCAGGGCAUCUCCGUGCCCUUCCUGCUGGUGGGCACCGCCCGGGAGCCCGCCGUGUACCUGGACCGCGCCCACCUGCACCUGGGCAGCCUGCUCGUGGGUCGUGAGGUGUGUGAGACGGUGUACGUGGUGAACAGAGAGGACGUGCCCUUCCACUUCUCCAUCCGCGAAAACUCCCGCCACUCCGAGGCCUUCCGGGACAGCCUGCUGCUGGAGCCGCUGAAGGGCACCGUGCCGCCCCGGGACAGGGUCCCGGUGUCCGUGUCCUUCGGCCCCGCCCGGGAGGGCUCGGCGACCUUUAACCUGGUGUGCGACGUGACGGGGAAGGUGCAGCCGCUGUCGCUGAACGUGAAGGCCGAGGGCUACAGCAUGAGCGCCUGCGUGCGCUGCGAGGGUCCCGCAGGGGGCGUCACCGAGCUCCGCCCCGGCGCCGCCCACCAGGUGGACUUCAGACAGGUGGAGCUGAGUGAUAAAUCAUCUUGUCACUUCCUGGUGUCGAACCCGGGAAAGUACAGCCUGGACGUUCAGUACGAGCUCUGGGGCCCGUCGGAGCUGCAGCGCCACCUGCUGGUUGAGCGGGAGAUGGACAGCGUGGCGGUGGGACAGGAAGUCUGCUGCACCGUCACCUUCUGCCCCCAGCAGAAAUGUGUGCUGAAGAACACUGGCCUCUCAAUCAGGAUAAAGAACGGUCCUAUGUUCUCCUGCUCCCUGUCGGGAGCAGCUGUGCCCCCCGGCCUGGACUUCUCCUUCCUCAAACACAACUUUGGGAUGAAGUUCAUAUACCAGGCUGGGAUGGUGCCCGCCUCCCACACUCUGGUCAUCGCCAACAAGGGGGAGAGGGGAGUGAGCCUGGACUGCCUGUUCUCCAACACCGCCUUCCUGGAGGUGGGCUUCCAGCCGGAGGUGCUGCCCCCUGGUGGAGCGGUGGAGGUGCCCUUCGCGUUCUAUCCGCGGGAGGCCGCGCGGUACCAGGAGAAGGUCGUCUUCCAGAUCAACGACUGCGCCAGGCAAGCGGUGGAGGUCCUGGGCCAGGGAGUGGAGAUGCAGAUCGCCGUGGAGGACCCCAGGCACAAGACGGUGAACCUCGGGGUCAUUCAGGUCGGCCAGAAGACCAAGAGAGUGAUCCCAUUGGUCAACAGCAGUCCCAUGCCUCUGACCUUCACCUUGACCUCCAGCCCCUCCUUAGAGGCGCUGCUGGACUCAAAGGUGCUGUCGGUGAGCCCGGCGGACGAAGUGACCCUCCGGGGCAGCGGGGGGCGCUGUCUGGUGGAGGUGCAGUUCUGCCCCAGGCAGCGCAUGCCCCCGUUCCGGGAGGAGCUGCAGCUGGAGUGCCUGGGGACGGUGCGCCCCCUGCUGGUCCUGAAGGGCUGCUGCCAGGGCAUGGAGAUCAGCCUGGACCAGGACUACGUGCCCUUCGGUGCUGUGGCACAGCGUUGCCAGGCAACCAGGCGCAUCGUCAUGUCCAACACUGGGGACGUGGGAGCCCGAUUUAAGUGGGAUGUGAAGAAGUUCUCCCCACACUUCUCCAUCAGUCCCGCAGAGGGAUAUAUCUGUCCUGGGAUGGAAGUGCCGUUCGACGUGACCUUUGCCCCCAUGGAGCUUAGCCAGGACGUCCGCUGUGACAACCUGCCCUGCACCCUCGAGCGGGGGGCGCCCCUCAAACUCACUCUGGCGGGGUCCUGUGUCACCUCUCCCAUCACCAAGGAGGUGGUGGCGUUUGCGUGCGCGGUGCGCUCCCAGCACACGCAGGCCCUGUCGCUAUGCAACCGCAGCGGGCAGCGCUGGAGCCUGUCGCCGGCGAUCGAGGGCGAGGACUGGAGCGGCCCGUCCGCCGUCGUCAUGGAGCCCCACCAGCAGAGCCACGCCUACGAGAUCACGUAUCGGCCGCUGGUCAUGACCACCGAGGGCAAGAAGCACCAGGGCUCUGUGUUCUUCGCAUUCCCGGAUGGGACGGGCGUGCUAUACACUCUGCUGGGUACCGCCGAGCCCCCAAAACCUGCAGGCACCAUCAGCCAUGAAAUGCCCUGCAAGACCCCCUACACGGAGCUGCUGCCUGUCCAAAACUGGCUGAACAAGCCCCAGAGGUUUCGGGUGGUGGUGGACAUGCUCAAGCCGGAGCGGGCGGACCCUACGGUCACACUGAAGGGGCUGGACUACCUGGACGUCCCGGCCCUCAGCAAGAGGGACUACAAGCUGUCCUUCUUCUCCUACAAAGAGGGCCUGUUCAGCGCCAAGGUGACGUUCCGGAAUGAGGCGACGCAGGAGUACCUGUUCUACCACGUGACCUUCAGGGCGACGGCGGCAGGCGUGGUGCGGGCGGUGGAGAUGGCCACGGCUGUCCGGCAGACGGCCGCCGCCUCGCUGACGGUGGAGAACCCGCUGCCCACCGCCGUCUGCUUCACCACCGAGUGCCGCUGCGCCGACAUCAGCCUGCCCCCGCAGCUGCCCAUACCGCCGCUGUCUGCAGGCACCCUGAUGUUUGAGUACCAGCCGCUGCGGGAGGGCGAGUCCACUGCCCGGCUGACCCUGCACUGCGCAGAGCUGGGCCACUUCCACUACGACCUGCUGCUGCGGGCCACGCCCCCGCCCCCGGAGAGGCCCCUCCUCUUCCGCGCCCCCCUGGGCGGCGCCCACGCCGUCAGCGCCAAGUUCACCAACCACGCCCGCGCCAAGACCGAGUACACCUGCAAGACGGACAGCCCAGACUUCACCACGGAGAGGACGGUCACCGCUCCAGCUGGGCUCCAGGGCGGGACAGAGGUCAGCGUGGAGGUGUGCUUCGAACCCUGCCAGCUGGGCGAGAGCCGCGCCCUCCUCACCCUCUCCUCCAGCACCGGGGGCGAGUACCAGAUCCCCCUGCAGGGCUCCUGCUACCCCCCGAAACCGCAGGGCCCCUUCUCCGUCCGGGCCGGCUCCAGCGUCUCCAUCCCCUUCAAGAACGUCUUCCCCCAGCCCACCGCCUUCUCCUUCCAGGUGGACAACCCCGCCUUCGUGGUCAGGGGCGCCGACGUCAUCCGGCCCAAAAAAACCCACAGCGUCCUGGUGUCCUUUGAGGGCCCCACCGUGGGGUCCCCGUCGGGCCCCCGGGGGCCCUGCAGCGGCAGGCUGACCAUCUCCAGCCCCCGCAGCGAGGGCCACGGUCAGGGCAUCUCCUGGGUGUACUACCUGAAGGGCCUGUGCCCGGAGAGCCCCCAGCGGGACAAGAGCUAGAGCUCCCCGUGGGCCCCUCCCCAAAAACACCCCCACCAACCGGAGCAGGCGUGGGCAGGGGGAUAGCUAGGAAUUCUGGACCCCCCUGAAAGAAUAUUGCUCUACCCCCCCCACCCCCCGUUUUUUUAAUAAAACAAAUUUUAAAAUCUUAGCUGUAGGCCCCAAGAAUUGUCACCACCUUUCGCCCCGCUAACAACAGCCUUGCGUAUGGGUUAAAUAAGAAAUGUGAACUCUGUAUUUAUAUGUGGUGUCCCUGUUAACUUUCCAGGAAGUGCGUCACCAGAUAAACCUUGCAACCGAGUUUUGUCUUGAUAUUAGUGAAAAUAUAUCUUUCUUUUAGAAUCGUUAGUUAUCUGCAGGAGUUGUACUGAUGUCUGACGGGUUAAAGUGUUUUCACAAAAAGCAUUUUACUGAGAGACUACAUCAGUCACGCAAGUCAGCACUGUGUCAUGGUUCCUCACUAGUGUGCUUCGAUGUACGUUUAUGUUGGGCAUUGAUGAUUUUUAAAAUUAUUUAUAAACAAGUCUACAUUCAAAAGAACCUUAUUUGCAUUUCAGAUAUAUUUUUGAGCAACUUUGAUGGCAUUGUAAAUAUAAAUGUAAUUAGAUUUUUCAUUUCAUGUGUGGAAAAAUUAUGUGAGGCUCUUUGUGUAGAUUUUUGUAGUACAUUCAAAACUGUAUAAGAAAGUUUAAAUUGCAAUUCAUUUUUGUCUUUUGCAGAUAGCUAAAUAAAUAUUCCUAAAAAGUUU